AUGUCAAUGCUACAUGAAAACUACAUGAAUAUAGGGCUUUCAAGAGGAGAGAAUUCAAUCAUGUUUGACUCUAUGCAUGCUGCAAAGCAGACCAAUGCAUCAACAUUCGUUCACAAUCGGUUCCAUCCUUACACAAGUGAAGUCAUGAAUAAACAAAGGCAUCCGUACGAAUCAUAUUUUGCAAGCGGAUAUUAUUCUGGAAUAGGUCGUAAUGGCCCUGUACCUACUGCAGGAAGUAACGUGUCAAGUAGUGGACAUAAUUUCUUACCAGGGACAUAUCUACCAAAUACUCGCCAGUAUCAUUAUGAAAACCAGCAGACUAACUUUCAGUGGGCUUUAACUCCAACGUGUAUUCAAAAUCUUUGCGAACUCAACGCAGGCACUGGAAGCAGUCUUCAACUGUCAUCAUCUGCCCCCGGAAAAGACCGAAGUCAUCCGUUCUAUUCGCGAAAACGCUCGGAGCCAGCUGAAGGUAUGACGAGAACCAGGGACAAGUAUAGAGUAGUUUACUCAGAUAAACAAAGACGGGGUCUGGAGAAGGAAUACAACACAAACAAGUUCAUAACAAUUGAGAUGAGGGCGAGAAUUUCAGAAGAACUUGGAUUAUCUGCGAGACAGAUUAAAAUUUGGUUUCAAAAUCGAAGAGCAAAAGAAAGAAGAGACAGGAGGAAAGACCAAUGCACAGAACAGACAGAGACAUGUAGUGCUGAAGAUGAUAACAAUAUCAGUGAAUAUUCGCCUUCUAGUAUAGGCAAUGCCAAUGAAUUCUUAACUUCCUGUCGCUUUACCGGAAGUGAUAAUUGGGCCGAAGAGAGGCUAUUCAAAUCCAGCAAUUGUCGUUUUUCAAACCAAACCGAAUGUUAUGGAAUCAGCGACGAUAAAUCCCCGUCUUCAAGAGAUUGCGUCUUUGAGUCACGUGCUUACCAACAUGAAAGACCUGUCGUGUCACCAGCUGGAUGGCACCUGUCAACCGGAAGUAAUUAUUUACCAACUUUAGAUGUUUCACCAUUAACUGGAAAUAUUAACUUUGAUUUUGAACUUAGAAUGUAA